UAAAAUGGAAAAUAUCGAACUGUAUUUAAACACCAGCGGUCUGCACCGUUUCUUUCAAGUAGAAAAAAAGACGCCGCUUUCUUACAGUUUUGACUCCUACAGCAUUAUUGAACAGAGGGUAUACGGUGCUUAGAAAAAUUAAGACGCCAUGCUAUCUCAGAAACAGUCGUCUGUCGAUAUAGACACAGAGGAAGAGGAUAGCCCACCCCGGAACAGUAACAUUUCAGCGCCCACUCUCACGGGGGUCGCUCGUCUGCGGAAACUGACCAAGACCUUAACAAAGCCUCGUAUUGAGUCGUCCGUCAUCAGCGAAAAGGAGGCCGUACCAGAAAUGGUCAUUGAGAAAAAGUAUGAGCCCACCUAUCGAAUGGAGCCUGAUCGAAACAAGCGUUUUAGCCCGGCGCGUGUCAAGGAUCUUAUCAAGGCCGUGCUAUCCCCUCUCUUGGACAACUAUGAAUACAGCGUCAGUUCCACGCCAAACCCGGCGGAAAUGACGUUGAGAUUGCCCGACCUUAUACUGAAACAGGUCAAGACGCUGGAAUUUGAGCGCUAUAAGUUCGUCUGCUUGGUUUCUAUGGGAAGCGCGGGAGACAAUAGUGUUCGCCUCAGCAGCAGGUGCCUGUGGGACACAAACCUUGACACGUGCGUCACCUACACACACACGGACAAAACCUUCUACUGCACAGUCACGCUGUAUGGACUUUAUCACGAAUGAUUGAUUAGAUCAAAGAGAGAUCGGGAAUAUUAUGUUAUGAAAUGACAGUUGUGCAAGAUCAUUUUAGAUUCUAAUGCAAUGUUAAAUUAUUUCAAUUUCUAGAAAUUAUGAAUGAUAGCUUUUUAAAAGCAAUAUUACCGAAUAUCGAAAACAGUACUUUUUUUACCUUCACAUAUGUCCUUACACGGUAUAAAAUGUAUAGGCGAAAGUUUGAGUAUUGUUUGGUUGUGUUGCAAUUUCUGAAAAGUUCAACAAACGCUGCUUAAUCGUAUUCAAAAGAACACGUGUUAAUUAGACUGUCACUAUACUGAAAACAGAAUAACAGUCAUUCUCAAAAUUGCUACUCCAUUAACGUUACACUGGUUACGUUGUUAAAAAAUUAAGUUUGCCAGAUAGUUUUAAUAAUUUGGUUUUCUGAAAGAAGAUCAUUUCUGAUACUUUUUUCUGAAAAUUAUUCCUACAUACCUGUUGUUUUAACAAAUCUAGCUCAGAUUCUUCGC